CUCGAAUCCGAGGCGAGCGGAAUGGGUUGGAGGACGGGGCCGGUCCCUGCAGAAGAGAUCAGGGCUGCGCGGAGGCAGGGAGGGAGGCUGGGCGGGGUUUCUCCUGCCGGCGGGCAGGGGCCUGUGGGAUUCACGUUCCUGCGGCGGGGGAAACCGGGAGGGAGCCGGUCUGGUCAGGGCCGUUCCUGCAGCAGAGCCCGGCGGGGUCUGGCCUUAUUUGAGGUCCGGGCAGGUGCUGGUUUCGUUGAAGCUGUCCAGCCGUAAGGGAGGCCCUGGGUCGAGGGCAGCAUCUUGUGAGUGGCCAGCUGGUGUGGAGGGUUGCAGGCCGGCGCACGGGGUCCGCGGCUGCCCGCCCGGGCCCGCCUCACGUCGCCCCUCUCUCUCAGUUCUAUCACGGCGCCCACCCCCAGGGAGAGCCCUCUGCGGGAGGCGGUAGCCCAGAGCUUUCUGGCAAAGUCCAAGCGCCCCAGAUGCCACCCCAGCCCCAGAACACCGACAUGACUUCUCCCACUGCUCCCGCCCUGCCUUCUGAGGACUCCUGCCCUCUUUGGGACAGCGUCUCCGGGUAUGAGGAGGAAAUGGAAGCAUGUUCUCGGCUGGCCCCAGCCCCGGUGAGCUGAAGGCCUCUGCUCUCUCUGUUCUCUCAGAUGUAAAACGGGCCAGGAAUAGCACCCACCUCCUUGGCCACUUAUGAGCUUCAAGGACGUGGCUGUGACCUUCACACGGGAGGAGUGGGGGCAGCUGGACUGGGCCCAGAGGAUGCUGUACCGAGACGUGACUCUGGAGACCUGCAGCCACCUAGUCUCCCUGGGGCUUCUGCUUUUCAAACCGGAUGUGAACUCCCAGCUGGAGCACGGGGAAGACCCAUGGAGGGCCGAGCAGGGACCUACUCAAGACUGGAAGGCUACACUUGAAAAGAAAGAGUCAGCUUCUGAAGAGGAUGUUGCUGUGGAAGAACGAUCCCACUGCAUGGAAAGGAAACGAAUAUUUUCAGCAGAGAACAGCAGUGACUGUACAGAUGUUGGAAACAAGGUUAAUCACAGUAUGUCUCUGAAUGAACACAAGCCAAUGCAUUUUGGUGAAGGUCAGUGUGAGUGUGACAAAUGCCUUGUACAAACUGAUGUAAAUGGUCCUGGAGAAGAACUAGUUAGAUGUGAGGACUUUGAUGCCUUCCACGUGGCCUCCUGUUUUACUAACUGUGACAUCAUUCAGACUGGAAAGAAGCCAUACGCAUGUAAUCAGUGUGGAAAAUCUUUCAGCUGUUGCUCUAAGCUGCUUGUACACCAGAGAACACACACUGGAGAAAAGCCCUAUGAAUGUACUUGGUGUGGGAAGUCUUUCAGGCAGAGCUAUCACCUUAUUGUACAUCAGAGAACUCACAGUGGAGAGAAGCCCUAUGAAUGUAACCAGUGUGGGAAAUCAUUCACCCAGAGUUCAAAACUUGUUAGGCAUCAGCGAACUCACACUGGAGAAAAACCAUAUAAAUGUCAUGUAUGUGGAAAAUCUUUCAGGCGGAACUUUAACCUUAUUGUACAUCAAAGAAUUCAUACGGGAGAGAAACCUUAUCAGUGUACUCAUUGUGGAAAGUCCUUUAGCCAGAGCUCUGAUUUUGUUGCACAUAAAAGGACUCACACUGGAGAGAAACCUUAUGAAUGUAACCAGUGUGGAAAAUCCUUCAUUCGAAGCACUCAACUCAUUAGGCAUCUGCGAAUUCACACUGGAGAGAAGCCAUAUAAAUGCAAUCAGUGCGAUAAAGCCUUCUCUGGGAGCUCUCACCUUGCUGAACAUCAGAGAACCCACACUGGAGAGAAACCUUUUGAAUGUAAUCAGUGUGGGAAAGCCUUCACUGGGAGCUCCCGCCUUCUUUCACAUCAGAGAAUUCAUUCUGGAGAGAAACCAUACAAAUGUAAUGACUGUGGGAAAUAUUUUCGGCAGCGAUCAGAGCUUGUUGUGCAUCAGCGAACCCAUACUGGAGAGAAACCUUAUGAAUGUGGUUAUUGUGGGAAAGCUUUCAGUCAGAGGUCUGCCCUCAUUCUGCAUCAGAGAACACACCUUGGAGAGAAGCCCUUUCAGUGUAACAUGUGUGUUAAAGCUUUCCGUCAGAGGUCACGCCUUAUUGAACAUCAGAGAACACAUACUGGAGAAAAGCCCUAUGAAUGUAUUGACUGUGGGAAAGCCUUCAAUAAUCGGUCAACCCUUAAGAUACAUAAGAGAACACACACUGGUGAGAAACCCUAUGAAUGCGGUCAUUGUGAAAAGGCUUUUAGCCAGCGGUGUCAACUUACUAGGCAUCAGAGAAUUCAUACUGGAGAGAAACCUUAUGAAUGUAACAAGUGCGGGAAAGCUUUCGGUUACAAUAAAUCCCUUAUUCAACAUGAGAAGACUCAUGGGAGAGAAACCCUAUGAAUAAUCAAGACGGAAAGGCUCACUGCCAGACCUUUACUAGACCUCAGAUGACCAAAGUAUCUCUCUUAGGGCAUGGUCUAAUAGCAGCAUGCAUCAGAAUCUCUAGCAGUAAAACCCAGGACCUGCAGUUUCUGAAAGCAGUACAUGUGAUUUGUAUGUACAUCAAAAUGUGCUUCUGCAUUUAGGUGAGAAACUAUGACCACUAAU